GGGGCACCACAAGGUAAGACCUCCGGGGGGAUUCCCCAGUCUGUGUCCAGAAAUAUCACUCUAGAAGCAGAAGCAGUUUCACUCUGCUCUCACAGUCCAUCCUGCAAAGAGGCACUGUGUUGCUGCUCUGUGAUUUGAAGCAGCAAUACCCAUGGCUUCAGCAGCCUACCCUCUGCUCUUCACCCUGUGCAAUGUUUGGAGCUUGAUCAAUGGAGCUGCUGUGGCUGUCCCAGAUGUUGCUGUGACAUGCUUUGAAGAAGCUUUGCUGUCCUGUAAAGUUCUUCAGGAUUCCUCGAUCGCCUACCAGGCAGUGUCUUGGUACAAAAUGGCUGGAGUUGGCGACAGAAUAGCAUGGAAAGUCCUUGAUGUGGAAUCUCGUCAUCCAAAAGGACUUGGAGGCUCCCUGGAGCUCUCCAACACCACCUUUCAACUGAGGAUCAGGAAUGCCACCAGCCAGGACAGUGGCACGUACAAGUGCGCUUUGGGGGAACAGAGGGGAGACCACAACCUGAGUGGCAUCAUCACAUUAAAAGUAACAGGUUGCCCUAGAAUAGAAGAUGAAAAACUGAAAAAAUACAAGACUGAGCUUUUCAUGCUGACUUGCCUCGGGAUUUUUUACUUGCUGCUCAUCUUCUUUACCUGUACGUGUCUAAGAAAAGAGAGUAUGUCUCCCAGUGAUAAAAGCAGAAGAGAUUCAAAACGCACUCUCACUCUCAUCAACGCACAUGAAAUGACAACACUCCGGGUUUUAAACAGUGGCAGCACGUGCAAAAGUGGACUUACUUCAAGUUCUAUCUAAGUUGGCACUGUUGAUGGCACCGUAUGCUCAUCAGUGAACAAAUGUCAUGAGACGGAUAGCGGAGUGAUAUGAAGAAGGAAGAAGUGGUGAUAUAUGGCCUCUUCAGGACUGCCCGACAGUAUGGGUAACCUGUCAGUGAUGUGCUUGCUCUGGACAAGCCUUCAAAAAGCACCAUUAUGCACUACGGUAACUUCUUGGUGCUAGUUGGCUAACAAAUGCCAUUGCAGCUACACAACUGCUGUUAAGAAGCUGAUAUCAGCAUUUUUCACUCCACCAGGCAGCCCUCUUGUUCAGACAGACUACUCUCGUGAUGUGAAGACUGGGUAAUAGGGGCACCAUGGCAAUGCAAAGGCUGGAGUUUAGGCUUGUCAGUGAACUAAUCAGUAUGAUGAAGAGCCAGUUUCCUGCUGUUGUCCUGGAUGAAUCGUAUCCACAUUCGUUUUUAAAUAUUAGGCUGACAGAUAAGCUGAAACAUAGGAAGGAAGAAAAUACUUUGAAAAUCUUUCUGGACUGAGAAGAAUCCUAUCUCUGCAAGAGAAGUAGAGAUGCACUUACAUAGUGGGUCCAUCAGACAUUUCCUGCAGGCAUCUCUAGAUAGGUUCAUCCACAUGAGGCUUCUAUUACAACUGUUAACUUUAAAGAAGCGAAAAUAAGAGGGAAGCAGUGUGGAAAGAUGACUUUCUUAGUGGUUUAUAAUACACAAAGUCAACUACAUGAAAUGAAGCCUCUAUCGAUCAAAUUAUAGCGGUAAUGACCAAGGAAGAAACAGACCAUCUAUGUCUCUGUGAUGUAUUGAGUCAGCUGUGGAGAAACAGGAACAGAAGAUGGGACAAAUGAACACCAGCUUUCGGUGUUAACAGUGUGUAGUUUAUGUGAAACAAGGCUGUGAGAGAAGCUGAAUUUAGGAGUGUGAUGCAAGGGUAAGAAGACUUGUCCUUUUGGGCUGAAGAGGGCAAGAGUUACUUUGGAGGUUGAAAUUAAGUGACCACCUUUACAGUGCUGCUGGUGAAGCAAGUAGAGUCUGGAGUGACUGUGGAUUUUUAUGCCACCAGAUGAAGAUUUGAGCCAUAACAUGAGAAUUUGCAAACACAUGAGAACACAAUCAUGUGUUCACGUCAAACUCUACGAAACAAGCCAGCCAAGCAAACAAAAGCCCUUUGAAAGCUAAACUGCAGCAUUAGGAUUAUUCAGUGCAGUUUGGAAUUUCAGGCUGUGACAAGGAGGCUCUUUCUGUAUUCCUUUGACUAAUUCUGAAGUGAUGAUGGGAGGAAAGCACCAUGCAUCACUCAGCAGCUUCUCUGUGAGUGGUGUAGAUGUCUACACUGACGGAAUCCGAGGGGCUUCUGACCAGAAGAAUGGUUGUAAGGGAUAUGGAAUUUUCUUGGGGCAUGGUAAAUUGAUAUCGCAUUUGCUUUCUUAUAAUCAAUUUUUACAUGUAAAUGUGUGUAACAUACUUGAAAUAAAAAUUCAGAGAUAACGUA